AUGGCUUCUUCAUUGCAGUUUGCCUACCGGACCCUCAAGCACAUCGGUGUCUUUGACGCCGCCCCAGCGUACGAACCCCUCUCUGGCUUCACCAAACCCGAGGGCAACCUUCGCUGCUGUGCCUACUCACCAUGUGGCCGCUACUUUGGCUGGGCUUCACCUGAGGCUGUCAACGUCAUUGACGCCUCUACUGGCGCCGGCAUCCUCACUCUGCCCAUUCUCAACGUCUACGAACUGGGCUUCUCGCCCCAGGGCACGUUUCUCAUUACGUGGGAGCGCCCUGCCAAGGAUGAGAAUGGCGACGCCACCAAGAACUUGAAGAUUUGGCGCACAGUUGAGGACGGUGUUGCUGCCGCCGAUAAGCAACCCAUUGGUCGCUUCGUCCAGAAGCAGCAGGGAAGCUGGAAUCUCCAGUACACUGCCGACGAAAAGUACUGCGCCCGUCUCGUCACCAAUGAGGUGCAAUUCUACGAGUCGCACGAUCUCAUCACUGUCUGGAACAAACUUCGCGUCGAGGGGGCCGCCAACUUCGCUCUCGCUCCCGGAAGCAAGAACCACGCUGUCGCAGUCUUUGUCCCAGAGCGCAAGGGUCAACCAGCUUCCGUUCGCGUUUUCAAUGUCCCCCAGUUCAACGCCCCCAUCUCUCAAAAGACCUUUUUCAAGGGCGACAAGGUCCAGCUGAAGUGGAACAAGCGUGGCUCAAGCAUCCUCGUCCUGGCGCAGACUGACGUCGACCGCUCCGGAAAGAGCUACUACGGCGAGACGACUCUGUAUCUUUUGAGCACCAACGGCUCGUUUGAUGCUCGCGUCUCGCUGGAUAAGGAGGGCCCCAUCCACGAUGUCUCCUGGUCGCCCAACUCACGUGAAUUUGGUGUCGUCUACGGAUACAUGCCUGCCAAGGCCACCAUCUUCAACGACCGAGCUGUCGCAACCCACUCGUUCUCUCUGAGCCCUCGCAACACCAUUAUCUUUUCUCCCACAGGCCGUUUCGUCCUUUUGGCCGGCUUUGGAAACCUUGCCGGUCAGAUCGACGUCUACGACCUCGAAAAGGACUACCGAAAGGUGUGCACCAUUGAGAGUGGCAAUCCCAGCGUGUGCGAGUGGAGCCCUGACAGUCGAUACAUCAUGACUGCCACGACGUCACCGCGACUCCGUGUCGACAAUGGUGUCAAGCUUUGGCACGUUGCUGGCAGCCUGAUGUACAACGAAGAUAUGGUUGAAUUAUACAAUGUUGUAUGGAGGCCGCAGGCACCUGAGGCUGCCGCACCGGGCGACCCUCUCACUACUGUGCCUUCUCCCCAUGCUUCAGCCGCCACUUACCUCGGCACCGUCAAGACCCCAAGCAAGCCCGCCGGUGCUUACCGCCCUCCUGGUGCUCGUGGUCUGGCUACUCCCUUGCAUUUCAAGCGUGAGGACGAAGGCGGUGCUGCUCACGUUGUGAGCAACGGUACUCAAAAUGUUGGGCCCAACGGCUUUGGCCGUGCCCGUCGCGCUGUUCCAGGCGCCGAGCUCGCCGAGUCUGGCCCUGCUCCUCCGCGCGGGGUCCCUGGCGCUGAACCAGCUGAAAAUGACCCAUCCAAGAAGAGCAAGAAGAAGAGAAGCAAGAGAAACAACAACCAGGGCGAUGGCAAACUCGAGGCGGAGCCGAACGGAGGCGCUAGUCUUGCCCCUCCUCAGCAAGGCCAAGAUGGACGCAGCCCUGAGAGACGUGGCGGUGCUAGCGGCAACGACCGCCACUUCCGCAGCCGCUCCAGAAACAAUGGCGAUAGCCGAAGCCGCAGCAACACCCACCAGGGACAGCGCAACGGUGGCAACGUCGCUCAGCAGGCUCCCGCUCAGGAUGCUGCCGCCGCCGAUGCUAACCCUCAUGCUAAGAAGAUCCGCAGUCUGCAGAAGAAGGUCCGCGCCAUUGAGGAUUUGGAGAUGCGCUUGGCUGGUGGCGAGAAGCUCGAGGACACGCAGAUGAAGAAGAUCAACACCAAGUCCGCUGUGCUUAAGGAGCUUCAGGGACUGGGCGCUGAUGCCUAG